CCGUCCGCCAGCCUAGCUCGCCACCGCUCGCCCGCUGCUCAGUGUCCUCGCGAGCCCAGCUUCGGCCAGCGAAGGCGACGUCCAGCGCGAGCCCGGGCGAGGCGCGGCCCCGAGCGGCCCGGCUUGUGAGCCUUGCUCAACGGUGCUGGUGGUGAUAUAUUCCCCGUGAAGAGUAAAGAUCGCAGUUGUAGAAGUGCCCCAUACGCAUCAUCAACUGGGAAGCAAGGAGCAGUAUGACAGAACCGUCUGUCUGAGUCUAGAACGUGAAGACCACCAUAUCCACCAGAAAAGCCGGGAUGGAUCGCCACCAAAGCUCCACAGUCAGGCUCCUGCAGAAAUGGUGCUCCCAUGAGUCACCAUUUGGCUGCAGGAGACAUUAUAACACCAGGAAAAAACUGAAGCUAAUUCGAGUCAUUGGCCUUGUCAUGGGCCUGGUAGCUGUGAGCACUGUCCCAUUCUCAAUCAGUGCCUUUACUGAGACAGACUCUCAGAGCAAUAGAGGAGAAGCCAGUGACGUGAGUGGCCCUGGGGUAGCACAGGGUCACCGUCAAAGAACUCUCUUAGACUUAAAUGACAAGAUUCGAGAUUACACCCCACAGCCCCCUGCUUCUCAGGAGGACCAAGCUGAGAACAGUACUGAUCACGCCCAGGGAGACUACCCAAAGGAUAUCUUCUCCCUUGAGGAUCGAAGGAAAGGUGCCAUCAUCCUCCAUGUCAUCGGAAUGAUCUAUAUGUUCAUAGCGCUAGCCAUUGUCUGUGAUGAGUUCUUUGUUCCUUCUCUGACUGUCAUCACUGAAAAACUGGGAAUCUCUGAUGAUGUGGCGGGAGCCACCUUCAUGGCUGCCGGCGGGUCAGCCCCAGAACUUUUCACGUCUCUUAUAGGGGUCUUCAUUGCACACAGCAAUGUCGGCAUUGGCACCAUCGUAGGUUCCGCCGUGUUCAAUAUCCUCUUUGUGAUUGGCAUGUGUGCUCUGUUUUCUAGAGAAAUCUUAAACCUGACCUGGUGGCCGCUCUUUCGGGAUGUGUCCUUCUACAUCAUUGAUUUGAUCAUGUUGAUCAUAUUUUUCCUGGAUAACGUUAUCAUGUGGUGGGAAAGCUUACUCCUCUUAACCGCUUAUUUUGCCUAUGUGGUUUUCAUGAAAUUCAACGUCCAAGUAGAGAAAUGGGUGAAGCAAAUGAUAAGUCGCAAUAAUGUUGUCAAGGUGACAGUACCAGAAGCCCAAGCAAAGCUCUCAGAAUUCCCUCCAGACUCACAGGCAGAUGGGAGGACAGCUUGCCCUACAAUAACAAAUGACCCUGGCUGCCAGAGUCUGUGUUUCGAGGUCAACCCUGAGACAGCCAGGCAUGAGACGGGAGACCGGCUGAGAGAACAGACCCAGAACAGCAGUAUGAAAGAGACGUCUGCAGCUGGAGACAAGGAAGAGCCAACUUUACCGGUAGGGAGCAGUAUCCCUGCCUGUUCCUGUACCUGUGAAGAGUGUGUAGCAGAGGCUAAGCCACGCCUCCAGCGAGGUGGAAGCUCUGCUUCCCUCCACAACAGUCUCAUGAGGAACAGCAUCUUCCAGCUCAUGAUACACACCCUUGACCCACUCGCUGAAGGGAGGUUCAGAGAAAAAGCUUCAAUUCUCCACAAGAUCGCCAAGAAGAAAUGCCAAGUGGAUGAGAAUGAGAGGCAGAAUGGAGCUGCCAAUCAUGUGGAAAAAAUUGAACUCCCCAACAGCACGAGCACAGAGGUCGAAAUGACGCCAUCGAGCGAAGCUUCAGAACCUGUCCAGAAUGGAAACCUCUCCCACAGCAUUGAAGCUGCAGAUGCCCCGCCUGCCACAGAGACUGCCGAGAGAGAAGACGACCAGCCCCUCAGCCUGUCCUGGCCGGCCAACACCCGCAAGCAGGUCACCUUCCUAAUCGUUCUUCCCAUCGUAUUUCCUCUCUGGAUCACCUUACCUGACGUCCGCAAACCUGCUUCCAGGAAGUUCUUCCCUGUCACAUUCUUUGGCUCCAUCACUUGGAUCGCAGUCUUCUCCUAUCUGAUGGUGUGGUGGGCACACCAGGUUGGAGAGACAAUCGGUAUUAGUGAAGAGAUCAUGGGUCUGACCAUCUUGGCUGCUGGGACCUCUAUCCCUGAUCUUAUCACCAGUGUCAUAGUGGCCCGAAAGGGCCUGGGAGACAUGGCUGUGUCCAGCUCUGUUGGAAGCAACAUCUUUGACAUCACUGUGGGGCUCCCACUGCCCUGGCUCCUCUACACCAUCAUCCACAGAUUCAAGCCAGUGACUGUCAGCAGCAAUGGCCUCUUCUGUGCCAUCGUCCUCCUCUUCAUCAUGCUGCUUUUUGUCAUUCUCUCCAUCGCCCUCUGCAAAUGGCGGAUGAACAAAAUCCUCGGCUUCAUCAUGUUUGGCCUCUACUUCGUGUUCCUGGUGGUCAGCGUCCUCCUGGAAGACAAAGUUCUCGAGUGCCCUGUCUCCAUCUAGUGGAAAAGCCAUAUCUUAAACCAACAGCAUGGAUGGUCCCUCCCGGCUCUGGGCUCCAGGUUCCUUGCAGUCUUGAGAAGGGGCAGCUUGUGCACAGCCCUGGGAGGCAAGUGUCCCUCCUUGGAAGGUUGGAGGAAGGAUGGAUUCCCACGGGGCCCUUCACUUCACAGGCACCUCACCCUUGCCUGAUGAAAUGACUCCGUGUAAGAGACAAAGAGGACCGUCUCUCCAUCACCACUGACAGGUACUCCUUGCUGGUCGGAGGUACGUUCAUUAUGAUGACGCAAAAGAGGACAGAGGCUAUACAUACAUAUAAAUAUAAAUAUUAUAAAUAUAUACACAUGAGCAUACAAAUCUUGCCUGUUUCUGUACAAUACCUCUCCUCCUAUACCUAUAGAUUAAUACAUAACUGUACACAAGCAUAAAGAAAAAUUAUAUAUAUAUAAAAGUCAUAUAUUUAAGUGCAAAUGCAUCUUUUCAGGGAUAGCUCUAGUAUAUUUAUAGUACCUAUUUGAAGAGGGGCAUCAACCUUCAACCUUCAGUUUGUGCUUUGCCCCUCAAGUGCAAAAGCUGAAUUAACAGAAUCAAUAGGCAAAGUGUUCUUUGCUGUGAUCCCUAGCCUGCCUUGGAUGUACUAAGUUUAGUGAGAUUCUUUGCAGGAGAGCUUAAUAGAGGGAGUCUAUAGGAGCCCAGUUAGAACCUCUAAAAUACUCUCACAAGCCAAAAAGACUCACCCUACUCAUCCCCACUGGGGUGCUCUGAGACCCUCGUGAUUCCAUAAGACAGAGGUGAAACUCAGACUGGGUGACAACGAAGGGGGAUCUGCUGAGGGUUAGGCUGUUUCGGUCUGUUUUGUUUUCUUGUAAUGCCGCAGCAUGCAAGUAGAUGAUAUGAAUGAAAAACCAAAUUAGUGCUUUUCUAGGACAGCAAAAAUUAUAUAAACUGAACCCAUCAUGUUUCAGUGCAUGGCCCAUUGUCAUCAAAUGAACAAGAGCAUUCUUAGCCGUGACUGUCAUUCGACAUGCUUUAAUGCCAAGGGCUCCCACACAGUCCAAAGUCCUGCCAAGAGUGCUGCGAUGUGUGCUGAAAAUCACCAUCCAGCAGAGGUGCUUAGUGGGGGUUGCCACCCGACGGGAACAUAGGGCAUAGCUCCUUAGAGCAUUUCCCAGGGUGGUCACAAAGGGCUGCAGUGUCUAAAGAUCAUUCCCAGUGGAUCAGAACUAAAGACAGACAGACAGUGUUUGGUUGAGGCUGUUCAGGUUUGUUUGCAGAGGCAUUUAGCCAUUAGGUGUGUGCCCCACCCCCGCCCCAGAACAGUUUCCAAGUCCUGUGUCUUGGAUUUGGUAUGUAGACCCAUGGAGCAUCUGUAUCCGGCCUCCCAUCCUAACCCCAUCUGGAGCUCUAGCAUUCCAAGCAGCGUGGGAAUGGUACGUGUUCCAUCGUUCCUUUACAUUACUUUGAAGCAGUCACUCUGAUCUCUUGCUCAACUUCACGUGGGGUCAUCUCAUUCACUGAGUGUCCCCAAGCUCUGUCUGACAUCUCGUAUGACUUCUCAGGUUUAUUUCAGUAGCAAAUAGGACUGAUUGGCAGCAAAUUAAAUUGAAAAGGUAUACAGAGUUUUUCAUUUCCCUAAACCAUGCUUUCUCCUUAAAAUCAACUGAAAAAGAGAAUAGAUGGUGGCCACCUGCAUGUAAAUCAGCACACAUCAUAUAUGGAGAAUGUCACCACCACAUAUUCACGUCCUGGUCUGGCAUUAUGUCUUUUCUGAUGGUUGUGAACACCCCCACUUAACACAGGGAGGCAGGAUGCAGAACUCAAAGAUGAAUAAGAAAAGGUUGGGUAACCCAAUACCCCUGCUCAACUUGACCAUUCCAUCCACAGAUGCUCUAUUUACUGAGUGUGGCAGCAGCAGGCAGAGGCCAGCCUAUCACCUCCCUCCACUCAUAAGCUAAAGGCACUUCAAAGUGGAGGCCCCCUGGGGACACAAGAAGUAAAAAGGCCUGCCGCAUUAGAAACUGGCUUUCAAGUCUCUCCAAGAAUGCAGAGUUAGGGUUUCAAUGGUGAAAGAGAAAUCCAUGCCCCAUUUAUCAAGGGUUGGACUUUGUAUGGGGCAAGCAUUUGGGUCGCUUCCUUACAGAGAUAGACGAAGGAAUUUCAGCUUUAGAAUCUCAGACUCUCGUCCCGGCCACUUGGAUGAGAGUAUGAUGAUUGUUGGAUAAAUUCUGAUUUCCGGUUGGUUUGUUGCUUAAAAUGCAUAUAUUUUUUAAACAAAAAACAAUUACAAAUAGACUCUAAAGAAAGAAAGGUCAUAGAAUGUCUGCUCCUGCGAUUACUAUCCCUUCCUCACCAAGAAGCCAAGAAGCACUCCAGGAGCCUAAGAGCUGGGAGGGUUGUGGUCUUUAACAUUAGUUGCUUUGAGCAGACAACAUUCCCAAAGCCAGUCCCCACUUCCAUGGUGUUUCCCCUCCCUGAGAGGUGCAGGCACCAUCCACUGCUGGCUCUUGCUGCCUUGGCUGGGGAGUGUGUAACUACAUGGCCAUAUGUUGUCCUGGAAUCAUUCACAUUGUUGUAAAACUGCUUCCUACAGAAUAGAUUCAGAUCAUCUCCAAGUUCUUUCUUGCUUGUCGGUGUGUGCAAGUGUACUAGGUCUGCUGACAAACAAUACCAAUGAAAAUCAUCACCCUAUUGGCCCAAUCACAUUUGGAAUCCCAAAGCAAAGAGCAUCAAAUUUGACAGUCGAGGAAGAGGAAACGCAUGCACACUGACCAUAGUGAACAUUUUUGAAAAAAAAAAAGGUUUCUUUUUUUAAUUCUGUGCACAUAUACACACAAACGUUCGCAUACCAUUCAAACACUCCAACACACAGAAUGUAGGAAAUAGCCAGCUGUGUCCCUGUUGCUUUCAGAGAAGCAAAAAUAUGCAACAAGAGAAAUGGGGAAAAUUUUUUAGACUGCUGACUCUUUGCUUCAUCAGAGCAGGGUAUCAAACAAUAUCAAAAAUUCAAGCCAAAUUUUUACUGCUCAUCCUGCUCAUCCUAAAAUAAAGGAAUUGUACACAAAUGGGUCCAUUUGCUCAGAGAAAACCAAGCCAGUCUUGCUUGCGUGCUCACCUCUGCUAUAGCCUUAGGCAACCCUGGAACAGGAGAGAAAUGAGGUUCAGACUGAGGAACCUAAAAUAGAAACCCCUAGAUUUGCAUUGGGAGUGUCCAUGACACAUCUACCUGCCCUCUGGACCCGGCCAGUCUCUGAUGGGAUGAAGCAUGAGAUUAAUGGUGUUAUUCAACUUCCCAGCACCUAAGCAUGCCAGACAGAGUCAGCAUGGCAGAGGCGUUAUUCAUCAUAUCUGGGGUUAUUCAUCAGCUCAGCAGAUGAUGCAGAAUGUCUGAGGCCUCACUUCCAUGCCGUGAAAAGAGACAAGGACCAUCUCAUAUUCAAGGAAAAUGCUUUGCAAGGCCUCUGACAGGGGCCAUUAGAAAUUAUUUUAUAGGGAAGACAGGAGUCAGGUAGUUUGAGGGCCUUUCAGAAAAACAAAGCUGCCUCCGUGAUUAGAUUUUUGGUAACAUUAGCAUACAUCUGCUCCUAGCCAGAGAGAGGUGGCCUACUCCCCUACACCACCUCCUCCCACAUCUUUUAAAUGCCUCUGUGACUUGAGAUAAAGUAAGAUGGGGUCUGUAAAAGAAGGUUAUCCACACCCAGACCACCUUAACAGAAAGUUGAUCACAGAAGAGACAACUAUUAGAGCUACUGGUCAGUCAGAGGGAAAGAUGGAAUUUGACUGAGAGAAUUGCACUGAAGCAUUUGAUAGGGUUUGAUGCCUGUGUGAAUGAAGCAUUUCAGAGAAUUUCAGUGGGCUUUCAUACAAACACACACACACACACACACAUACACACACACACACAUGUACGCACACACACACACACUUGAGUGUGCAGGCACACACACAAAUUCUAUUCUUCCUUGCACCCAAAAAGAUUGGGACUCCAACAAGUAGCAUGUUACAGACAGCAGGUCUGUUCCAGAAAAAGUGUGCUAUAGAAACUAACGCCCACUUGUAUACUCACCUGGUCUAAUAUUUUUAAGCUGUCAUCUUCCAUCCCCAUGCCUCUCACAACAUUCUUUUCAAUUAGCAGACAAGGUCUUCCCAUUAAGAGAGAGUUGGUAGAAAAAUAUAACACUCAAUGUGGGGAGGGGGGAGAGAAAAUGAUUUGUUUGUAAUAGGGUUCCUAAGAAAGCAACCAAAUAUAUCUAUGAUGUUUAAAGUGGUUAUGAAUAGCAGACAUUUUAAAACAAUUACUAGAGUCUAUACACAUCCUACAUUUAUUUGAAAAGCACAUGUCGAGAAGGACUCAGGAAAGAAAGGUACCUGUGCCUUGCCCCAGUGUCUGUCUGAGUUCAGUUUACUGCCUUUGGAUCUUUGUGGUCCUUUUUAAAUCUCACAGCUUCAUAUUCCUUGAAAUAUAUAGCUAAGAAAAGCAAUAAAGGAAAUACAGCCAGCUCAGAUCCAAUACAUAUUAUUGCACCCUCGAGCUAUUCUCUCAUGUCACUGGCUACUUUGGGUCCACAGAAGCUAUGGCAUCACAGAAAGGAGGACAUAGGCUUCUGUGCAUUCACAGAUGGACUCACACUUGCUACAUCUAGAAGUAGCUUGCUUCCCACAUAGACCGCCCAGACAGCAUGCAUCCACAUGCCUUUCUCACACAUAGACAAUCAACCUCACUUUAGACUACCUAAAUGGCACCAAAGUCUUUAAUCUUGUUUGUGAGUCUUUUCUUAAGAAAGGGUGGGAGAGAGGGCCACGCAAAGGACAAACAAAUGCAUGACCCAGCCAGGCUCUGAGAGACCAACUAGUCCUGAAAGUUUAGCCACCUGGGCUCAAAUUAUUGAACAGUGAAAGACUGAAUGGAGAAGCAUGGUGCCUAAGCCAAAGCACUGUUCCUAAAAGACUGAUGGGCUGGACUGGUAAAUCAAUAAAUACUAAGGAUGAAGGAAUGCCGUGGACAUGCAUGGGCUCCCACCAGAGACUGAUUCCACUGGGGAGAAUCUGUCUGCUGGUUACUAUAGUACAAAGGACCACUGGUAGUAAGUCAUCAUGGGAUCUCAGCAAAGAGUUCCUAGUGUAACUAAGGUCAGUGUUUAACACUGACAGAAGAGUCCCCAUCCAGCUUCACCCUAAGACCCUACAGCUGACGACUUCACCCUUUCACUAUUUGUUUGGUUUGGUUUUUUGUGUUCCCUUUGUGGCAGAGGUCAGUUGCUUUUGAACACUUUUUGAUCUUUAUCCAUGACAAGGUUGAAAGUUGCCAUUGUAGGACCCUGUAUCUAUUUUCAUCAGAAGCAUCCUUGAAUUUUUGUUCACUUGUUUAAGUGUUUUCUUCUUCCUUCUCCUUUCUUUCCUCCUCCUUUCUCUCCUCUUCCUUUUCUUCCUGCUGUUGUCACUGCUCCUCCUCAGUGUACAUAUUCAAAAGUUCUAGACCUUUACCCUCAACAGCACUUUCCUGUGCUUGACUAAUCCCUAGAGGAGUCAGGCAGGAUCUGUUACUACAGACAUGCGCAAUAGUGCAAAUACCUUCCAAGGACCAGCAGACUUGAAUACAGUACCAAUAGGAGUUGGUUGUUUGGUGUCAAGAUAAACACUGGGCAUAGCGUUAUUGUAGAGGGCUGGUGAGGGGGAGGUUGCAGGUCCUUUUGUAUCUUGCAUCUUCAUUCCAUAGAGUCACAAGGGAAGCAGGAAAGGAGCCACAUUAAAUCAUCCCAAGGCUCUGGGUUUGUGCUUGCCUAUGUUGAUCCGGGGAGGAAGUCGUUUCAAAUGGGAGGUCAGAGAAAGGGUCAGAGCUCCUCUUGUUAUGAGUCCCACUGUGCAUUUAGUUCCUCAUGCAGUAGGUUUGUAGAAACAGUAAGGUCACUUCCUGACCUGGGAAACUGGUCACCAAAGGAUGGGAAUUUUCUCUUCGGCUGCAAUUUCUUCAUAAUAUAUAAAUAAUGAAGAUCUUGCACACUGACAGGUCUCUAAAACACUCAGCUAGCCAAAAGAGAUACCAAUUUUCUUCAAUCAUGUUACAUACACACAAAUGAGAAAAGUGAAAUAUCAUUUCCAAAAUGAAAUUGCAUGUGUGAAUUAAGGGCAGAAAAUUCCUUGCCAGUUAACUCAAUGACUCUCCAAUUCUUACCAUCAGGAUAAAACUGAAGGACAAAGGAUGCCUCUUGGGUUUUUUAAUUUUUUUAAUAUUGCACUUUAUAGUAUUUCAUAAGAGACGAUUGUCUUAAUUAAAGCCAUAAAAUACCAAUAAUGCAUAUAUUCAGGGCUUCUGGAUAUAGUCAAUAAACAGUCCACGGGUCAUUCUGUGUGUUGUUCGUUGUAAAAUGAAGUUUAUCUGUUCUGUUUUUAUUACUUAAACUACUGUUCUAGACAAUCCUAAUCGACUAAAAAAUUUUAGGUGUGUAUUUUAAUCAAACUUUGAAAAUCAAAGAAAUUAUUCAUUUUGUGGAAGAAUUUUUCAUUUCCAAAGCAGCUCGUUGCAUGGUUUCUUUAAAUAGCAAGUUCCACUAUUGCACUGAAAAUAUUUCCUUUAAAAAAAAAAAGUCCUAGAUUAUUUUUCAGGAAUCCAUUUGCUAUGUUAAGCAAGAUUUAUCCAUGUGGAGAUUGAAAUGGGUGAUUAGCAAACAUGCCUGAAAAAAAUUAGGAUGUGCUUGUGUUUCUAUAUAAAUAUAUGGUGUGUCUAAGAAGUUCCCUUAUAAAAAUGGCAAGCAGAUAUAUAGCCUAUCAGUAAUAUCUUACGCCUAUAUUUGUAUACAUCCCUGGGAAGACCAGCAAAAACAAUAGACUUAAUGGUGUGCUGGGUCAUUAAUUUCCUUUUCUGUCAAAACACAGUUUGUGGUCGGGGGUGGUGAGUUGUUCACGUAUAGAUAUGGACAGAAGUUCUCAAGACUAAAACCCUUAAUAUUUCACUUUGUGACAUAAUCAGAGUGAAAGCUGAGGUGAUGACUAGGAGGCACAUAAGAGCCUAGAACAAUCCACCACAGCAGGAUGGCUAAGUCCUGACGUACGCCCCAGCAUUAAAUAGAACAACCCCAUCGAUAAUCUCAGACUUGAACAGACAACGUACCCUAAAGAAAAAUAUCUGAAUGCAGAGUCGGUGACAUUCCUCUAUCCCAGGCUGUGUGGAGCCCCAAGGUUCUCAAAGAGUCAGACUGUCCAUCAAGAAGAGAGAGAGCUUUGGUUGAAUUCAGGAGAGUCCACUUUGGUCUAACCUUGUUCUUUCAAGUCUUCAUAGCAACAGCUUCCAUCUUCACAAUGUAGACUCAGAGAGGUACAUGGAAAAAAAUGUGACUUGCAAGCCAGGCACAUUAGCACACCUGCAAUCAGAGAAGUGAAGAGGUAGAAGCAGGAGGAUUGGAAGCUCCUGGUCAGCUUUGGCUACAUGAGACCCUGUCUCAAAAAAAAAAAAAAAAAAAAGUAAGAGUAGCAAACACUAUCCUCUUGUUUUGAUGAAGCCACUGCUAGAACAAAAGAUAAGUUAUAUAUUUUUAAAACAGAAAUAUUAUUAAUGUUGAUCCUAAGAUAGAGAUAUACCCUGCAAGGUAUAACCUGCCUUUUAAAUGGGUUAUGUUAAAAAAAAAAUUAAAAUGUGCUCAAGAUCUUCUGUUUGGGGACAAACAAUCAAUUACUGCCAACAAAGCCUUUUCCAUACACUACGGUAGAACCUAUGACCCAGAUUUAGUCAUGAUAUUGCACCCCAUAAAUAUGUACUGCAACUAUGCCAAUCAAAAGAAUAAAACAAUUUUUAGAAUUUUUAAAUGAAUACAUUUUGGAAAGAUCCAAACAUAUCAGAAUGCCAUUUUUGUGAAGGAUCUUUUUAGGAGCGGUCUGGGUCUCACACGGCCUUGGUUUGCCUGCAUUCUAAAGAAGCAUCUUAGCCCCUGUCUCCACCCCUCCAGACUCCAGGGGAUGCACUUUAAAGUCAUCUUUGUCAUUUUGUGUUUGUUGCGAGCAGUUUUCUCUGGCUGGCUAGACGUACAGCGACUCCGUGUCAUUUACUCUGUGACUCUGUCUAUGCAUAACUGGAAUUUGGAUGGCACCUGUACAUAGGCUGUUUGGAGUGAUGUGCUUGGGUCACGUGGUCUCAUUCUGAUAAAGGGUUUUCUUCCAUGUUUUACUGUCUGCAUCCUUGUGCUUGUGCUACUGGUAACUUACUGAAUACACUUUAUGUAACUAAGUCUCCUCAGUGUAAAUGUAAUAAUAAUAAAACAGUU